AUGCUGCUGUCUUCUUCAAGUGACAAAACGGCUACCAGAUAUAGCCAAAACUCUCAUUAUGAGCCCGAUCCAACAGAAUUCACUGAUGCUAAUCCAACCCGACAGUUCCUUGCUCGUGAAAAAACGAUAAGCAAAAGAGUAGGCAUGUCGUUCUUCCAGAACAACUUUUCCAAAAAUUCAAUAUCUUCGCAGUUGGUUCAUUCUGCAAGUGGACCAAAUGGUGCUGCUGCGAGUUUAUCGCGUAAUGGUGGACACGGAAGCAUGCACUACCAGCAGAGCACACAUGACGCUGAGGCAGCUUCUGAUGCAAGUCAAUCUCCUCGAGUUUCACCUGCUGGAUCUGAUCUAGCCAAUUCGUACUUGUUUGGAAAUGCAUCAAAUCAUAAAUCGACACUAAAUAAGCGCAUGUCUGUAUUGUCGACGGGAAACAGUCAACUUGACAAUGAUACAAUUCAAAAUGAUGACAAGCAUGCUGAUGACACGAGUUUUGAAAACGAUCAAAUUUCAAUGGAUGAUGCCAAACAAGAAACAUUGCUGAAUACUCUAUCUGAAUACUCUGACGGGUUUCCCAUCCUUCUUCGUGAAACCAAAAAAACAAUUCUCAGCACCAAGGAAGCUGUAAGUGUGUUUAAAAAACGUGCCGAGGCUGAAGAGCAAUUUGCAAAAAAUAUGUACCGCAUUACCCAGUUGACACUGAAAACUGAAGGAAAGAAUGGGUCGUUUGGAAACAUGUGGCAGCAGUAUGGCAAAAUCCACGAAAAGAUUGGUGCAUCCCGAGCAAAAUAUGCUGAAGGUCUCAAUAGUCUUGUUGAAGAAAUGCUGCUUGUGCAAAAAGAUACCGAACGUAGUCGCAAAAAUCUUAAAGAAGGUCAUGCGCGUCGAUGGAAAGAAGUCCAAGAUGCAGACAAUACCCUUGAUAAAUCACGACAAAAACACGAAAGCACCAAUGAUGAAUGGGAAAAAACUGCUGCUGCAGAACAUGCCAAUGGCAUUAUGGGAAAUAAUCAGAAACGAUACGGUUUUACACGCCCGGCAUCCAAUCCUCUGUUGAUUUUCAAGGCUGGAAUUGAAAAAAACUUCAAGCGAACUGAGGAAGAUUUCAAAGCCAAAGCCAACGCUGCAAAGGAAAACUACAAAAUCCAAGUGCAAAUAACAAAUUCAGUUCGUAAAGAGUUUUACAAUACAUAUCUUCCACAGUUUGUUAGGAAUUUGAAACAAACGCUGGAUGAAGCAGAUGAUCGCUUAUCUCAAUUUAUUGUAAGAUACAGUGAGCUAACUAUGGAGCAAAAAAUGGAUGAAGACGCAAUCAUGAAUCCUACCAAAGCCACUGAAGGCUUAAGUCAUAUCACUGAAAGUAUAGAUACUCGACUUGAUCAUGAAGAAAUGAUUAAAGAAUUGACAAAAACCAAACCAAUCGACAAGAGCGAUCGUGAAUACAUACCCAUCAAGAGCGCUAUAUCACAUAGUUUGACAGAAAACUCAAAUGAGUCGACAUCCACAAGCACAUCAUCGGUUACUGCCGAGGCUAACACAAUGCGCACUUUGCCGACUUCUCAUUCCACCCAUAGCUCAAGCGGCAAUUGUUUUGGAAUUCCUUUAAACCAACUAAUGCAAAACGAUACCUCUGCAGAUCCAGUUCCAAUUCCAGUUGUUCGUUCUAUCGAGUACAUUGAAUCAUUUGGAAUGAAUUUACCUGGAUUGUAUCGUGUUUCUGGAUCAACCAACCAAGUGCAAAAACUUAAACAAGCUUUGGACAAGGAUCCGGCAUCUGCUCGACUUGAUCAGCUUGUGGAUGAUAUCCAUGCGCUUACUGGUACUCUCAAGCUUUUUUUCCGAGAACUUCCCGAGCCUCUUCUUCCUCGCCAUAUGUAUUAUCAGCUUAUUGAUGCUUCCAAGAUUGACGAUGAUCGCAUGAGACUAAUCCAAACCCACGAGUUAAUCAACACUCUUGACGAUGUUCAUUACGCCACCCUAAAAUGCUUGGCCGGUCAUUUGUGGAAAGUACAAAGUCAUUCAGCAGCAAACAAAAUGACAAUUGGAAAUUUGGGAAUUGUGUGGGGGCCUACUCUAAUGGACUCACCAGAGCCCACUGCUGACGCAACUGAUCUCAAGUACCAAAGCCGAGUGAUUGAAACCAUUGUUGGAAACUACGAUCAUAUUUUUGAUACAGAAUGA